GUCAACUGAAGAGUUUAUCUUCAGUGGUCUCUGGUCUCCGUUGCUCAUCCCGGUCGCAGCUCAGAUGCAUUUCUGGAUAGACAAGCACAGUCAGUGUACCUACACUGGCCGCCGCCGCGUGCCUACUUCCUUGUCAACUGCCUAGCCUCAUGGUCCGUCCCGCAGGUGUGGGGCGCGGGCGCGGGCGCGGCAAGCCCAUGGCCGCGCCGGUGCACCGCUUCGCCGCGCUAGAGCCGCCGCCGAGGCGCCCACGGCAUCAUCGGAUACAUAACCAGCAAGUCCUACCAGCCGUCCACGCGCGCCGGCACCCUGAAGACCCAUCACUCUACGUGGAGAUCCCCCCCUCCCCCGCGCAGCCCACCAUCGCGCACAUCGCGGCGGCUCGCUCCGUCACCCCCGACACGCUGCUCCGGACAGCUGCCCUGGGGUUACAUGCGCCUAUGAUGGCCCCGCAUCUCAAGUUUGGCAUGCUGGUGUCUUUUGCGCUGGCUACGGUGUUUUUGGCGGGCGCGAAGUACUACUUUGAUCGACAGGUGUCCCGCGAUGCGUCCGGCGGCGAGGCGAGCGUGGUGUGCGCGCUGGUAGCCGCUCUAGCCGGCGUGGGCUGCGCGCUGUCGCUGUGCCGCGCGCGCCCGCCGUCGCCCGUGCCGCCCGAGCGAGUCUCCAGCACGGCCCGCCACCCGCCGCACCACUCGCAGGGCUACACCGCGCCCCCCGCGUCCCCGCCGCCCUCCCCCUCGCCCCGCGCGGAGGCCCCGCCCCCCUACCACAUCGCGGUGCUGCUGCCCGACCCGCCCGCCUACCACGCGCUCAGCUAGCUAGACCACGCCCAGUGGAGGGAAGAUGUCAUGUGAAUA